CUUGACCUGACGAAACUGGAACCAACCCAACCCAACCAACAUAUACGAGCUCACCCCGCGCUGUGUGUGCCGCCAAUUCACAAAUCACAAGCAAGAACACACCAAGAACCCGAACUGUCCUACCUCGAUCGAUCACCAGCAGCCAGCCAUGGCGGCCGUCAUCGACUUCCUCCAGUUGGAGCCGCCGCGCGAGCCGCGGCCGCAGCCGGCCGUGCAGGCGGCCCUCCCCGUGGCGAAGUCGGCGCUGUUCGUCGCCAUCAACGGCCUCGUCGCGCCGUCCUACCUGUGGUGGUGCCUGGCCUGCGACGACGGCGGCGGCGGCGGCGGCGGCCUCCGCCGGCGCUGCUUCCGCGGCGAGGCCGGCGGCGACGUGGAGCAGAUGUGGUACCAGAUGGCCAGCUUCGCCACCGCCGUCCUCGGCGUGGCGCUCCUGGCUUUUCACGUGGCCUCCUCCUCGGCGCCGGCGGCGAUGGCGGCGUGGCUGGUCUGGCUCACCAAGGUCUUCACCUGUGGGACUCUCCAGUUUGGCCUCAAUAUUGUCCACUUUUGUAUCAAAAUAAUUUACUUCAAGUUGAUACGGGGGUUGGAUUCUAAUCUUUCGAGGGGAUAAUUAUAACACAUUUUUUUUACUGCUUGGAUGCAAUGCCGAUAGCUGUAAAUGGAUUUGAAUCGAUUUGAGUACAUAAUAAUGUACGAAGGUAGAUUCAAUUUUGUCAGAGCUGCGGCGUGCUAAUGUAGACUCCAUCGUGGCUAAUUGACGGAAUAAACGAAACGGUAUAUUUGCAAACGGAAAA